AUGCCAUUCAAGAAGGAUUUCAAACCAGUAGCUUUAAAAGAUACUGACUUAUUCAAGCCUCUUAAGGUUGGUAACAUGCAACUCCAACACAGAGCUGCAUUACCACCAUUGACCAGAUACAGAGCUCUUCAUCCCGGUAAUGUUCCAAACACUGACUUAGUUCCAGAAUACUACGAUCAACGUUCGAAGAGACCAGGUUCUCUACUUAUUACUGAGGCCGCUUUCAUCUCUCCUCAAGCUGGUGGUUAUGAUUUUGCACCAGGUAUGUGGUCGGAUGAACAAGUCGCUGCCUGGAAGCAUGUUUUCAAAAGAAUCCAUGACAAUAACUCUUAUGUAUUCGUUCAAUUAUGGAACCUGGGUAGACAAACUAGUCCAGCCAACAUGGUGAGAGAUGGUUUGCGUUAUGACUCCGCUACUGACGAUCUAUACAUGAGUGAAGAAGCCAAGCAACAGGCCGAAAAAGCUGGCAUCAAGCAACACGGCAUAACCAAGGAUGAAAUAAAGCAAUACAUCAAAGACUACGUCCAUGCUGCUAAGAAUGCGAUUGCCGCUGGUGCAGAUGGUGUUGAAAUCCAUAGUGCAAAUGGUUAUCUGUUAAAUCAGUUUAUUGACCCAAUCUCAAACAACAGAACAGAUGAAUAUGGUGGCUCCAUUGAAAACAGGGCCAGAUUCUCUUUGGAAGUUGUCGAUGCUUUGAUUGAAGCCAUUGGCGCCGAAAGAGUUGCCAUCAGAUUAUCUCCAUACGGUAGAUUCGGUGGUAUGUCUGGCUCUACAAACCCUAUUAUUAUUGCUCAAUACUCAUACAUUUUAGGUGAAUUAGAAAAGAGAGCUAAAGCUGGCAGACGUAUCGCUUACGUUCAUACAAUUGAACCACGUGUUACUGACUCUUCGUUACCAGAGGAAGAAGGUGUUGACAAUGAAGGUAGCAAUGCUUUCUUCUAUUCUAUAUGGAAAGGUCCACUUGUUAGAGCGGGUAACUUUGCUUUACACCCUGACUUGGCUAAAGAAGCUGUCUCCUCUGAUAAGACUAUAAUAGCCUACGGUAGAUACUGGAUUGCAAACCCAGAUAUCGUGGAUCGUUUAGAAAAGGGUCUACCAUUGAAUGCGUAUGACAGAAAUACCUUCUAUACCACCAAGAGCGAAGGUUACUUAGACUAUCCAACCUAUGACGAAGCUAUUAAAUUAGGUUGGGACAAGCAAUGA